AUGUCGCAACCUACCGUUUCCAAAGCGAAAACCUCGUACCCGCUAUUUUCCGCGACCUGGGCAAACAGCAAGCCAUCGUACCUCAUCGUGGGCGGGGGAGGAGGCGCAGGCCGCCAUGGCGUGAAGAACAAGAUAUCCGUUUUCGACUUCAGCGAACGCGCGCCCAACGUAGAGUCCUGCGCCGAAAUCGAGGCGAGUGAGCACGAUUCCGUGACGUGUCUCGCGAAUCUGGGGACCAAAGAUGGCUGCGUGUUGCUUGCGGGCAUCAACGAUAGCGAAGAGGAGAGGCUGGCGGGAAAGAACGAGUGCUUGAAGGGCUUCGAGGUUCGUUUUCCAAAGAAGGCGGAGGGAAAGGGUGAGAUCUCGUUUCUCAGCAAGACUGCUCUGUUCACACCGCCGAUUAGCACGGUUGCGAAGAAGGAGGGGCAGACCGCAUCAAGCUCGCCUAACAAGCGCAUCGGCGCGGUAGCUUCCAGUCUCGCAGUACAUGAGAACGAAAUCGUGGUCUUCAGCGCAACGUCGAACAAACCAGAGAACCCCGAGGAUGUUAUUCAGCGGAUAGCACUGCAUAAGGGCCAGGAAGCAAACGAUCUGGAUAUUCUGGAUCAGGGCAAUGGGAAGUUCCAAGUCGCAUAUUGCUUAGACAACGAUGUCUACGUCCAGAAGAUAAUUUACGAUUUUGACAAGAGAAGAAGUCUAUGCAAGGCUGACGCGGACCGCACACAUGCCUAUACCGUCCCGCUUCCGGAUAUCAACGAGAAGAAAGGCCGCUCGAAGAUCAGAUCUGGUUCGAUCAUCUUACGGAAGAAGUUCGACAGACAUGUGCUGGCGGCUGUUGAUAUGGAUGUUGCGCUGCUAAAUGCUGACGAAGACGGAGCUUACCAGGCUGUGGUUGCGGUAGCUGCUAUCGACGUCUCGCUCACGGUGUUGACGAUAAAUUACCGUGGAAGGAAUCUAAACACGAUAAGCAAGUUCAAUAACUUCGCGACAUACUACAAUGUUCACGAGCUGCAGAUGACGAAGGUCGUCCUGUCGCCCUUCAUCAAGCCGGAAUCCAGCCAAGGUAAAAGGCUAGGACCUCAAUACCUCCGUCUGGCCACAACUUCCUUGGGCAACUCUAUCGAUGUGGAGACAUUUGAACUAUAUCUCAGCUCAAAUAAAUUGGACUCGUGUUACGUCCUCCAGAGCGCACGGUCCAAAGCAAUAGCCGACACCGCGAAGUACCUCGUUAUCGCCAUGAUCGUUGCAGCAUUCGCUCUCAUGGUCCAAGGCUUGCUCAAUACCGAAGAUAGCAUGACGAGGAGCUUGAUAUACAGCAUGCGUGACAUCCCAGAGAGUGCGAAAGUUCCUGCUGCGAAUCUUGUAGCCGACGUUAAGAGCGCAGCCAACAUCAACAACGACGACUCCCCCGUUGCGAAAGCUCAGCACCGUCUCCGCGACCUUCUGCACCUGCAUAUCCACUCCGUCACAGCACCCGAACAUGAAUCUAACCUUGCUCAAAAAGCGCUUGUGGUCCAUCACGACCCGGACACAGACGGCACUUUGAGCACCGAGGUCCACGAGGGCGAAUAUGAUGUCGUCAAGAAGCAUACAGAGGCUAAGAAGUGGGAGGAGCUGGACAAGCAUGAGCAAAGGCGGUGGAAGGAGAAGCUGGCGGACGCGGGGAUGUGGACGAUUGAGGAGGGCGAGACUAUCUUGAAAGGGGUCUUCUUUAGUGAAGCGGGUGCGUUGGUUGGCAGGGUGGCUGCUGGAGUCAUUGGAUAG